AUGGUGAAAUCGUACCUAAAGUACGAACACGCCAAGUCGUUUGGUGUGGUCACGACCAAUACCUCGAACAUUGUCUGGGCCGCCAAAGAUCGAACCGGAAGUGGCGCGGGACAAGCCGUUGUCGCCGCAAAUGAGGAAGUUUUCUGUUGGGAUAUCAAGAAAGGAGAGCUCCUGAGUCGAUGGCGAGAUGAACGGUGCACCGUUCCCGUGACUGCCAUUGCGCAGAGUAAGACGGAUAAGGACAUUUUCGCCGUUGGAUAUGAGGAUGGAAGUAUCCGGCUCUGGGACAGCAAAAUAUCCACCGUUCUUGUCAACUUCAACGGCCAUAAGUCCGGAAUCACGAAACUUGCCUUCGACAAUUCUGGCGUGCGCCUUGCCAGCGGUUCCAAGGAUACAGACGUCAUCAUCUGGGAUCUCGUCGCUGAAGUCGGUCAAUUCAAGCUGCGCGGACACAAGGACCAGAUUACUGGGCUUCAUUUCAUUGAACCCAAACCUCAAAUACAAAACGAGGAUGGCUCAAAUGCAAUGGUCUUGGACGACGAGAAUCCGUCAGAUGGGUUCCUUUUGACCACUGGCAAGGAUUCUCUACUAAAGCUAUGGGACCUAUCAUCACGGCACUGCAUCGAAACGCAUAUUUCACAAACUAAUGGCGAAUGUUGGGCCUUGGGUGUAUCCCCUGAUCUAAGCGGAUGCGUUACUGCAGGAAAUGAUGGCGAGAUGAAAGUUUGGUCACUAGAUGCCGAGGGUCUAGCCGCUAGCACCCGACAAGUCGACGUCUCGGCGGCUGCUCAUUACCUACACGAUCGCGGCGUCCUGCACAGGCAGAGCAAAGAUCGAGCUACUGAGAUCAUAUUUCACCCAAAACGCGAUUAUUUUGCUGUUCACGGUUCCGAGAAGAGUGUUGACGUAUGGCGAAUCAAAUCUGAAACAGAAAUAAAGAAGAGCUUGGCGCGAAAGCGACAGCGAAGGAGGCAGAAGCAAAAGGACAGUAAAGGCCAAGACGACGAUGCUGAGAAUGGCGAUGAAGCCAAUGAGGACGUUUCAAAAGCGGACAUUAGCGACGUCUUCGUCCAAUACGUCAUCGUCAGAAUCGGUGGUAAAGCCCGCUCUGUGGAUUGGGCUGCAUCUACCAACCAAAAAGACUUGCAAUUGCUAGUAAGCACAACGAACAAUCAAUUGGAAUACUACAGCAUUCCACACAAGGAGAAGAUUGAGCGCAAGAAGAAGGACGAGAUUCCCGACUAUACUCGCGGCUUGGCCGUCGAACUUCCCGGACACCGAGCUGAUAUCAGAGCAUUGUCCUUGAGCUCAGAUGAUAAAAUGCUUGCUUCAGCAGCCAAUGGUUCCAUGAAGAUUUGGAACAUUAAGACCCAAGCUUGCAUCCGUACGUUUGAGUGUGGCUACGCGCUUUGUUGCGCUUUCCUACCUGGCGAUAAGGUGGUUGUCGUGGGCACGAAGAGUGGCGAACUACAGCUGUUUGAUGUUGCGUCAGCAUCGUUGCUGGAUAACGUACAAGCACACGAAGGUGCAAUCUGGAGCCUGAGCGUGCACCCCGACGGUCGUUCAGUUGUUUCUGGAAGUGCCGACAAGACUGCGAAGUUCUGGGAUUUCAAGAUUAUCCAAGAAGAGGUUCUUGGCACAAAGAGAACCACGCCCAAGCUGAAAUUGGUCCAGUCAAGGACUCUUAAGGUUUCUGAUGACAUUUUGAGUCUCAAGUUCUCUCCCGAUGCAAAGCUACUUGCGGUUGCCUUGCUCGACAACACAGUCAAGGUCUUCUUUGUGGACUCGCUGAAGUUAUAUCUCAACCUCUACGGCCAUAAGCUCCCUGUGCUGAGCAUGGACAUAUCUUACGAUAGCAAACUUAUUGUCACGAGUUCCGCAGACAAGAAUAUCAGAAUCUGGGGGCUCGACUUCGGAGACUGCCACAAGGCCUUGUUCGGUCACCAGGACAGUAUUCUGCAGGUCGCCUUCGUCCCACACAAUUCUGACGGGAAUGGCCAUCAUUUCUUCAGCAGCAGCAAAGAUAGAACCAUUCGAUACUGGGAUGGAGACAAGUUUGAGCAGAUUCAGAGACUAGACGGCCACCACGGCGAGAUCUGGACCAUUGCCAUCAGUCACUCUGGAAAUUUCCUCGUCAGUGCUGGUCACGACAAGAGCAUCCGGGUCUGGGAGGAAACAGACGAGCAGAUCUUCCUCGAAGAAGAGCGAGAGAAGGAAAUGGAAGAGCUAUACGAAAGCACAUUGACGACGUCUCUCGAGAACGACCCUGACGGUGAAGACGAAAAGGGUGAAGUAGCCGCAGCCACCAAGCAAACCACAGAAACCCUAAUGGCAGGUGAAAGAAUACAAGAAGCCCUGGAAAUGGGCAUGGCCGACCUGAAUCUCAUGAAGGAAUAUGAGGAAGCCAAACUCUCCAAUCCCAACGCUCCCCCACCGCAACGCAACCCCGUCUUCCUCGCCCUGGGCAACAUCUCGGCCGAAACGCACGUCAUGACUGUCCUCCAACGCAUCAAGGCCUCCGCUUUACACGACGCACUGCUCGUGUUGCCCUUUGCCACCGUCCCCAUACUCUUCACCUUCCUCAACAUAUUUGCCAUGCGGUCCAUGAACAUCCCCCUCACGUGCCGCAUCCUCUUCUUCAUGAUCAAGACGCACCACAAGCAAAUUGUGGCCAGUCGCACGAUGAAAGCCAUGAUGGAUGGGAUACGUACAAAUCUACGGGCAGCACUUAAAAAACAAAAGGAUGAAAUGGGCGUUAAUAUUGCCGCUCUCAAGGUUGUGGGGAUGCAACUUCGUGAUAAAAGUGUCAAGGAGUACGUUGACGAGACGUGGGAGGAUGAGAACCCUGAAAGGAGCGCUAAGAAGCGGGCGUUUGUACAUGUAGCAUAA